CCGCUUGGAUCAGACGUCCUCUCAAAUCACCCUCUAUUGAAUCGUCCGGGUCUCUCUGAACCUCUUGCUGGAUUACUUGCUUGUGUACCUUACACAAAUACUGAUGAUACUCAUAGUAGUAGCGAUCCUGCCAAGUGGCCGCAGCCGUUUGGUCACGACGUCCCAGCUGAAGGCGUGGAUGACGAAAAUCAGCACAAUGCUGGAAAUACUCCUCGACAAGCUCACGAUGUCGCUCUCUGA